AUGGUUUUAACCGGUGUCUCUGAUAUUCAAUUGGUACCGGUUUCUGACGCGGCGCAACUUACCACCGUUGGCACAGGCCAAGAGUACCGGCUAUUGUUGCAACUGUCAAACGAGACUUCCCUGACAUACUCCCUGGUCCCUGGUCUGCUCUCUGUCUCAAAAUUGGAGGUUGCUGUAAAGAGAGUGUCCCAUGAGUCAAAGCAGGGAAUGAAGGAGCUUGUUGCUGAGAUUGUCAGUAUUGGCCGGCUCCGACAUCGCAACCUUGUCCAGCUACUCGGUUAUUGUAGAAGAAAAGGUGAACUCCUAUUGGUAUAUGAAUAUAUGUCAAAUGGCAGUCUUGACAAGUAUUUACAUUGUGAAGAGGGCAAACCCACUCUGAAUUGGGCUCAAAGGUUUCAAAUCAUCAAAGGUGUAGCAUCCGGCCUAUUCUACCUCCAUGAGAGGUGGGAGAAAGUUGUAAUUCAUCGAGAUAUCAAGGCAAGCAAUGUGCUCCUUGACAGUGAGAUGAAUGGACGCCUAGGUGACUUUGGUCUUGCAAGACUGUAUGAUCAUGGCACUGAUCCACAAACAACCCAUGUGGUUGGUACAAUGGGGUAUCUAGCUCCAGAACUGGCACGCACCGGUAAGGCAACAACUCAGACAGAUAUCUAUGCAUUUGGCAUUUUCAUUCUUGAAGUAACCUGCGGGCAAAGGCCUAUCAAUAGUCAUGCAGAUGAUAGUUCCCAGAUCUUGGUUGAUUGGGCUGUUGAGCAUUGGCACAAAGGAUCACUCACAUACACACUUGACAGUAGAUUACAAGGCAACUACAACUCUGAUGAGGUCAGGCUGGCAUUAAAUCUUGGUUUGUUGUGUGCACAUCCAUUUUGCAAUGCAAGGCCUAAUAUGCGUCAAGUCAUACAAUACCUUAACGGUGAGAUGCCACUCCCGGAGCUGAUGCCCACAAACAUAAGUUACGGUGUGUUGGGCCUGAUGCUAAAUGAAGGUUUUGACCAAUAUUCAGCAUUGGCGUCCACAGUUGGCAGCAGUUGCAUGACGUCCAGCCUCUCAAGUGGACGAUGAUAAUAGAUAGAUGCCUUACCCAUGGCCAUAUCAUCUUGUAGUUAGUAAGCCUGAUUAUGUUAUGGUAUGGAAUCU